AUGUCUUCGCCAGCCAUAGCCUCGACGUCCACGCAACCAGGCACUAGCUCUACUAAUGACGAGAAAAAGAAACCGCUUCCGCGCUGGGUGCCCGUCUCACUCGCAGUAACAACCGCCGCCCUCCCCCUCCCCAUCUACCUCCUCAAGCUGCACCGCGCGUCGCUCGCCGAGCUCGCCCCGCCGGCGCGCAGAACUGCGAAGGCCGCUGGCCGCCUCCAACCUGCUCGCAUCAGGCCUGUCGAGCCGAAUCCUCGAGCGGCUGAGGUGCCCGCGGAUGGGUUCAACGCGCCGCUGCAAGGCUUGGAGACGUCCGGGCUCGCUACGCCGGGCGUGACGACGUGUGCGGCGGCGGUUGUGUGGGGGGGUCAGAGCGUACCUUGGGGUUCGGGAUGUACGUGUCGUGUUCAGUCCACAGCGGGAGGGUUGCCUCUGCCUGCGGCGACGCAAGCACACCCAUAUGGGUUACUGAUAUUGGUCCACGCACAGACUCGCGAGUCCGCAGACUACAUGCGCCAAACGCUCUUUUGCCUCCCAGGGCCGGCCGCGCGCCUGCACCGGCUUCCUGACGCCGACGCUGACCACGACUCCGAUUCCUCCCCAUCUGCACCAUUAUCGCCACUCUCACAAGCAGAGCACGCCACCGGAGAAGCAUGGACGUGCGCCGCCGCAGAGGUCCGGCUGCGCGCCGCGUACGAGCAGCGCGGGUUCGCGGGGUGGGCGGACGCCGCGCUGCGCGAGGUCGAGGAGGAGGCGCGGGUGGAGCGGGAGAAGCGCGGGCUGCGGGGUAGCACAUACUACGAGAAGAGGAGAGGAGGUGAUUCCAGCGCCGGAUGGGCUGGCAUGACAUGGCUGUCGAGUUCGGCUACGUAUGCCACGUCGACGACCUGGGUAGCAAUGUCUUGCCCAGUCCCCCCGCUGUUGUCUGUCCGUGUUUGA